ACAGCUGAUAACCGGUUAUUUGGUCACACUAUUUGGUUGCAACCUAUUAUUUAAUAAACAUUUAUAGUGAAAUUGCUGAAAUAAAGCAAAACAGCAGAAAUGAGACACGUACAAUUUCUGGCCCGCACCGUUCUGGUGCAAAACAACAAUGUGGAGGAGGCCUGCCGCAUGCUAAACCGCGUUUUGGGCAAGGAAGAACUUCUCGACCAGUUCCGGCGCACACGCUUCUACGAAAAGCCCUAUCAGGUGCGUCGCCGUAUCAAUUUCGAGAAGUGUAAGGCAAUAUACAACGAGGACAUGAACCGCAAAAUUCAGUUCGUUCUGCGGAAAAAUCGAGUUGAGCCCUUUCCCGGUUGCAGUUAGUUUAUAUUAUCGUCAUUUAAAUAAAGUGUAGAAAACCUGUAAGAGAUCUGUAGUCUUUGAUAUAGGCUUUUUUAGUUAUACAAUCCUGCCGACAAUUAUAAGACACUCUGAAAGAUUUAUUUUUGAGCCUUGCAGGAAAAUCAGGAAGCAUAUUACAACAAAAUCAAAUAUACUGAAUUGAAGC